CCUUCUAGACAACUUCCUGCUCCUUCACUCUCCGCUGGUUUAUCCUUCCCUUUAUUGCAUCACUCUCUUUUAUCUUUUAGCAAAGCGUGUGCGUGUUUGCUUAUUUUGAUUUGCUCCUGGUCGACAUAGCAACGUCAUUUGAUUUAAUUGAUCCGGCUGUCCGCUUGGCCGCUCUCCACCUUCUUUCGUCUUUCCUGGCGCCGGGAAUCCAACAAAACGAUACUGCCGCCACCAUGGUCCGCCUCUCAACUCUUCCGACACUAGCUCUCGCUGCUGCCUGCAGCCUUGGUUCAGCCUGGGCCCUGAACCCAAUCACAAUCAAGGGCACAAAGUUCUUUGACUCUGUCUCAAAGAACCAGUUCUUCAUCAAGGGCGUCGCCUAUCAGCCGCGAACGCUCUCCGAGGGCUUUACAGACCCUCUCUCAAAUCCAGCGGACUGUCAGCGCGACUUUACUCUCAUGAAGGACCUUGGCCUUAAUACUAUCCGUGUUUACCAGGUCGAUUCAUCUCUCAACCACGACGAGUGCAUGAAAACAUUGGAGGACGCUGGAAUCUAUCUCUUGGUUGACCUCACCACACCUCAGUACUCCAUCGUUCGCAACAACCCGGAAUACGACAAUGACAUCUGGAACAAUACGCAGAAUACAAUCGAUGCCUUCAAAGGCUACUCUAACACGCUCGGAUUCUUUGUGGGUAAUGAGGUCACUAACGAUAACAAGACGACAGUUGCCAGUGCCUAUGUCAAGGCACUGCUGAGGGACGCCAAAAACUAUAUCAGCUCAACGGCGCCUCGUAAGAUCCCAGUCGGAUACGCCAACAAUGAUGACCCCGACAUUCGCCUCCAGAUCCAAGCCUACUUCAACUGUGGCGAAGAUGAGGAGCGUCUCGAUUUCUUUGGCAUCAACCUGUACGAAUGGUGUGGUGACCAAAUGACUUACCAGACCUCAGGCUACGCCGAGCGCACAAAGGACAUUGCCUCGUAUUCCAUUCCAGUCUUCCUGUCCGAGUUUGGUUGCAACCUUGUCACACCACGAACAUUCCCUGAAGUGAAGUCGAUCCUUGGACCAGAUAUGACCGGCAACUGGUCCGGUGGUAUUGUCUAUGAAUGGUCGCAGGAAGCCAACAAUUACGGCCUUGUUCAAGUCCAGCCGGACAACACGGUCACUAUCCUGCCUGACUACACCAACCUGAAGAACGUUCUCGCACCAUUGCACCCUGAAGGCGUCAACAUGGACUCUUACAACGAUAAUUUGCCAGAAUCAACCUGUCCUGCCAUUACCGCGGCUUGGGAGCCUAGCGAAAACCUGCCCCCGACACCAUCUUCAUCUGCUUGCGACUGCAUGAUGUCCUCCCUAAGCUGCGUUGCCUCCGACCAGGCUGUAGCGACGACGGAGAAUUUGGGAACAUUGCUCAACACGAUCUGUGGUAUGACAUCGUGCGACGACAUCAGCUCCAAUGGCAAAACUGGCGUCUACGGCAAAUACUCCUUCUGUAAUCCCAGUCAGAAGUUGUCCUACAUGUACAAUACGUACUACAAGGCGGCCGCCACCUGUAGCUUCAAUGGCAUGGCCAAGUUGACGACCGCAACAAAGUCAUCAGACCAAGGAUGCUCAUCUGUCAAGAACCCAGACACUGGAUCGAGCCCAAAGACAGGAGGCCUUAGCACAGGAGCCGCGUUGAAGUAUGACGGGGCCUUAUUCAGUCUGGCAGUGGUUUUGGCGGCCUCUGUGCUGUGUCUGUAA